CCCCUUUCUUCUUGAUCUCCAUCCACUCCUUUCUAUGGAAACUUGGUGUGAGUUUUGUUCUCUCUUUCUCUAGCUGUCUCUCAAGGUCCUGAUCUUCUUUCAUUCAAUUUUAACAGUUUUGACCGAAGGAAUCAAAAUGGCAAGGCCAGGCAACAAGAUUAUACAAGCCAAGCUGGUGGUUCUAGGGGACAUGGGAACUGGGAAGACCAGUUUAGUCUUAAGAUUUGUCAAAGGCCAGUUUGUUGAUCACCAGGAACCAACCAUUGGAGCAGCUUUUUUCACUCAGAUACUGUCCUUAGCUGACGCCACGGUGAAGUUUGAUAUAUGGGAUACGGCAGGACAAGAGCGAUAUCAUAGCUUGGCUCCUAUGUAUUAUCGUGGUGCUGCAGCAGCUUUGGUUGUAUAUGACAUAUCAAGCAUGGAUACAUUCACUCGAGCCAAACAAUGGGUUCAAGAAUUGCAUAGACAAGGAAAUCAAAAUAUGGUGAUGGCAUUAGUUGCAAACAAGUAUGACCUGGAUGCAAAGAGAGAGGUUAAGACCGAGGAUUGGGAGAAAUUUUCUCAAGAAAAUGGGAUGUUUUUCAUAGAAACAUCUGCAAAAACUGCACAUAAUACCGAUGAACUCUUCCAUGAAAUAGGUAAAAGACUAGCAAGAGCAGCCCCUUCAAAGCGAGGUGGGAUGAAUCUACUCAAUGAAACACGAGAUAGAAGAAGAAGACUACGUUGUUGUACAGGUUGACGUCCCUACCACUUAAAGUGUCCUUGAGCAAUCAAUGAUAUCAAGGUCCUCUUGGAUUUCAUUGUGAAAACAUGCUUAUUUUUCAGAACCAGGCCAUUUGUUAAAGUUUUAUUGCGCCUCCUAUAUCUGAAUUGGUUAAUUGGUUCCAUAAUACCAUUAUUUAGUGUACGAGGGGCUCCCAAUCUGUAAAGAAAUUGCUGACAAAAAACCAAUAUCUUUGUAAAUGAACCAAAUAAGGGCAAGUUGUCAUGCUUACAGAAAAUCUUGGUAGGAUCAUGCAAGAUUGAUGCUUACAGAA